UCCUCGCCCAUCGAACCCGUUCCAACAACUGCACCUCCUCAUUCUCCUCUGCCGAUCUCUACUCAAGCGCAAUGACCCUGGUACUCGCGCGAGCCACUCUGAUCGCCGCUGGCACGAUCGCCACCGUGCUGUCGACCCGAUACCUCAUCUACCUCAUCAAGAGCUUCAGCUCGCCGCUCCGCAAGCUGCCCGGAGCCAGCGACAGUAUCGCCAGGGUGCUGCUCGGCUCGCUGAACUUUUUCGUCUUUGGCGCCGACAAGAUCCACGAGGUUAGCUACAAAAAGCACAAAAAGUACGGUCCAAUUGUGGUCAUCGGCGCGAACGAGAUUAGCAUCGCCGACCCGGAGCUAGCCAAGGCCAUCUUGGUGACCGACAGCUUCCCAAAAUCGUCUGACCGCCUGGGCAGACUCCGCGAUCCGGUUGAGCCCCCUUCGCUUAUCGCCAUCGCCGACGACAAUGAACACCGCAAGCUGCGACGCACGAUGGCUUAUUCGUUCAGCGUCAAGGGCCUGGCAUCCCAGGAGCCGCUGAUGAUGAACUGUCUGAACAACGCCAUCUCCUAUGUCGACCAGAAGUGGGCCAAGGAAACCAGCAACAACCCGGACGAGUUCUCUGUGCUUGAUAUCUGGCAGCUGCCCAACCGCUUCGCCCUUGACGUCAUCGGCGAGACUGCCUUUGGGCAGACGUUCCAUAUGAUCGAGAACGGCGCCCAUCCUUUGCCCUUGGCCAUCGGCCGCAAUCUACGCCACCUCUCGUUCCGAUUUUUGUUCCCUUGGACCCGCUACCUCCCCUUCCUGUCCAUCAACCGCCAAUUCACCAAGGACCGCAACUUUAUGCGAAGCUUCACCAAGGAUAUGGUAGAGAGCCGUCGCAGCCACCCGACCGACCGACACGAUAUUCUGCAGCAGCUCCUGGAUGCCAAGGACCCGGAGACCGGCAAGCCCCUCACGGAUGCAGAGAUUUCGAUCAACAGCCGCCUCUUCCUGAUUGCCGGCAGCGAAACGACCGCAAAUACCAUCGCCCUCACCAUCAUCCAUCUGUUCGAGUAUCCGCAAGUCAAGGCGAAGCUUCUUGAGGAGCUCGAUGCCGCCGAGCUCGAUCCACGCACCAAUUUGAUCGACCACAACGUUGCCAAGAAUCUGCCCUACCUCAACGCCGUCAUCUCCGAAAUCAUGCGCUUCUGCCCCACCAUCCCUCAGGGCCCGACCCGAGAGCUCCCUCAAGAUAUGUACCUGGGCGGCUACUUCGUUCCCAAAGGCACCGCCGUCGUCAUUGCGACAUUCUCGACCCAUCGCAACAAGGACAUCUGGAGCGACCCCGAUACCUUCCGCCCCGAGCGCUUCCUCGAGGACAACACAACCUUCCGCGGCCUCGAGUCCAAGUGCGAGCUGGUUCCGUUCUCGGCCGGCCCGCGCAACUGCAUCGGCAAGAACUUUGCUCUCAUGGAGCUCAGGAUCUUCCUGGCCAACUUUUUGAGGAGCUACGACAUUGAAGAUAUUUCCGGCCAGAGCAAGGAAACCCGUUUGAUGGUCACGAUGCGCAUCAAGGGCGACAGCUACAAGGUCCGCAUCCGUCCGCGCCAACGCACGGUGACUCCCACCCCGGCUUCGUGAUCCUGCGAACCGGCAGCGAUUGCUGAAGGUGUCUGUGGUUGGCCAUCACUAUUCCCCCUCCCCUCUUUGUAAUUCCUCCUGCACAUGCGCCUGUGUCGACAAUGGUUGUUGUGUCGACCGUAAUGACGGCACAGCCGAUCCCGGAUGGAGCGAAUCCCCGACUGGCUGUCCCCGAUGUCUCUUGAUUUUGCCCAUCAACAACUCUUCUCCCACCUCUAGUCCUCAUUAUGUUUUGUGUGUUUGUUCGGGGCCUUUGUCGAAUAUGGAGAGGCCCCCCAGCGGUGUGCAUGGGGCUCUCGCUUGAAUAUACGCAAGGGGUCUCGAACACAA